UAAGUCUUUUUGUAAAUUACAUUUAAACAAGUACUCUUCAAUUUUCUACAGAAAGGGAAACCUUUAAUCGUGCACAAAAGUUGCACAUAGUUUGUUUAGGUUAUGUUAGGCUAAGAAACAAUGCAUCUCCAAGUAAAUAUUAUUGAAAAACUAGUUUAUAAUACUUUGGAAUAAGAAACCGAAGUCUAACCCUAUAGGCUCAAUAGAAAUGACAAGAACAGCACUGUGUUUCGCCAAAUGUCAAUUUGACGUCUGUGUGCCCUUUGUGUUUAAUAUCUGUGUGAGAACGCUGUAUUUAUUUCAUGAAAUCAAUAUAAUGCAAUAACAAAUUACACGACAUGUUGCAGUAUCAUACAUGUUGUUACUCGAUUUUUAAUAUUAUAAAGCUUUGAAGUUAGAGGUUGGUCUACACGGUCAAUCUGCGGCUAGUAUAAAAGUUACCGUGCACUGUAAUUGUACUUGUUGGAAAACGCCCAAGUUGUCGACACAUAAUGGAUGAAAACAUUGAUAGUAAUGUUGCCGUUUUGGCUAUUUUAGAUAACCAGUCAAACCAAUAUAAACCGAAUAUGAAUAUGAAUAACUAUAACUUUAGUCACACAAUAACUGUGACACACGAAGAAACAGAUGUUAAUGAGAGCAAUAAGCAAAAUGUCAUUUGGACUAAACAUGCAACUAAUUUGUUGUUAAGUUUAUAUCAAACUAAAAUCCAUAUGCUGGACAACCCAAAGAAGAAAUCUAAAAUGUGGCUCUCUAUUGCUGAGGAAUUAAAAUCAUUGAGUGUUGAGGUGACCCCAGAUCAAGUCAGAUGGAAAAUAAAUGCUCUUACAAAAAAGUAUAAAGACUGCAUAGACAAUGGACAAGGGGCCAUGAGUUUUAAAUAUUUUAAUGAAAUGCACCAAAUUUUGGGACGCUACUCAGAUAAUUCUGAAACCUACAGACUAGCAUCUGGUGUAAUGCCAGGUGGUUCAGAAGACUUAGAUAAAGAUAAAAGUAAAAGAAAUAAUUUGACCCUCAAAGGCUCAACACCUUUCAGAAGAUUGAGGACAGAAAGAAGAGCUAAAAUAGAGCUGGAUAAACAAUGGUUAGAAUAUUUAAGAAAACAAGAGGAUCAAAAGCAAUUGAGAGAUGAGAGGUAUGAAAGAAAUUUGAGGCUAAGACAGGAGGAGUUACAGUUAAGAAAAAAAGAAUUAGAAAUUAAACAAUCAUUAGCAUUAAAAAAAUUACAACUCAAAGAGAAAAAACAAGAAGAAAUGCUUAAAAUUGAAAGAGAAAAAUGUGCACUUUUGAGAAAGCUUUUGGCUGAUCAGGAUUUAAUGAGGCAAUAGUAACCAUUCAUAGCAAUUGCACUUUUAUACUUAUAAAUAUUGUUUAACAUGAUGCUGUGAAAUCUACAUUUUAUACAAAAGACUUAUUUAAAAUCUGCAACAUGUUUACAUGCUGAAAGAAGGAACCACAAAUAUUGUCCAUGAGAAAAUACUUAUUGCUUAGAGCAAAA